CGCGUGGACGUGGACGUGGACGUGGACGUGGACGCGGAGAUGGAGGACGCGGGGAAGAAGAAGAAGAAGAAGGACAACAAUGACGACAGAGUCACUCUGAAGAAGGAAAUCGGACUCUGGAGCGCGUGCGCGAUCAUCAUCGGGAACAUCAUCGGCUCGGGCAUCUUCGUGUCCCCUAAAGGAGUCCUGGAGCAUGCCGGCUCGGUGGGCCUGUCGCUCAUCGUCUGGGUGUGCGGGGGCGGCAUCUGCGUCCUGGGCUCCAUGUGCUACGCCGAGCUGGGCGUCACCAUACCCAAGUCCGGCGGAGACUACUCCUACGUGACCGAGAUCUUCGGAGGACUCGUCGGCUUCCUGUUGCUGUGGAGCGCCGUGCUCAUCAUGUACCCCACCACCCUGGCCGUCAUCGCCCUCACCUUCGCCAACUACGUGCUGCAGCCCGCCUUCCAUAACUGUCUGCCCCCCUACGCCGCCACCCGACUGCUGGCCACCAUCUGCGUGUUGUUCUUAACCUGGGUGAACUGCUCCAGUGUGCGCUGGGCCACAAGGAUCCAGGACGUGUUCACUGUGGGAAAGCUGCUCGCCCUGGGUCUCAUCAUCGUGGUUGGACUGGUUCAAAUCGGCCGAGGCUACUAUGACGCUCUGGUCCCCAGCGCGGCCUUCGAGUUCCGCCAGGACCCGUCCGUGGGUCAGAUCGCGCUGGCCUUCCUGCAGGCCUCCUUCGCUUACAGCGGCUGGAACUUCCUCAACUACGUGACGGAGGAAAUCGUGAAUCCGCGCACGAACCUGCCGCGGGCCAUCUACAUCUCCAUCCCCUUGGUGACGCUGGUCUACACCAUGACCAACAUCGCCUACUUCUCCUCCAUGACCCCGGAAGAGCUGCUGGCGUCCAACGCCGUGGCGGUGACCUUUGGAGAGAAGCUGCUGGGGAUGUUCUCCUGGAUGAUGCCCAUCUCCGUAGCUCUGUCCACCUUUGGCGGAAUCAACGGAUACCUGUUCACCUCGUCCAGGUUGUGUUUCUCGGGGGCCCGAGAAGGUCACCUGCCUUACCUGCUGGCUAUGAUCCACCUGAAGAACUGCACGCCCAUCCCCGCCCUGCUGGUGUGCUGCUUUGCCACCAUCCUCAUCUUGUGCAUCGGGGAGACGCACAAUCUGAUCAACUACGUGUCCUUCAUCAACUACCUGUCCUACGGCGUCACCAUCGCCGGCCUCCUCUACCUCCGCAAGAAGAGACCCGGCCUGGCGCGACCCAUCAAGGUGAACCUGCUGAUCCCGAUCAGCUACAUGGUGUUCUGGGCCGUGCUGCUGUGCUUCAGUCUGUACUCGGAACCCGUAGUCUGCGGUCUGGGGAUGGUCAUCGUGCUGACCGGUGUACCCGUCUACUUUGCGGGCGUUUGGUGGAAGAACAAACCCAAGUGGAUCUACAGGCUGACAGAGAGAAUCACCUACGUGGGCCAGAAGGCGUGCUACGUCAUGUUCCCUCAGGAGGACCCCGCAGAGGCCGAGCCCCUCACGGCCUCCAAAGCCACGGACUGAGCAGGACAAAGUUUCCAGUUGAAAUAUGCUAAGGAUCUACAUCACACUUCAACACAUCAAUGCUGUCGUAUCUCCAAGACGUCGCCUUCCGAGCCAUCACUCCCAAUCUGAUCCGACUUGAAGUCCUGACCUCGGGUCCCAGAGCCAAGUCCUGACAGGAUCAGCUAUGCACUCCGGAGGACGACGAUCACAAGCGUCUUGAUUCGACCUUUUUUUUUUUACAUGUUUUUAAACAGGUGAAGUGUUUUUUUUGGGGUAUACACUAAAACUCAUUUUUUUGGAAAACCUGAGCCAGGGUGAAGACUUGAAAAUGUUGUCCGGUAUACAGUCUACAGGUCCACCCUCACAUAGCGUGUGUAGUUAUCGUGCCUUUUCCUUAAAAAUGACUUUCUCCAGGUUUCCUACUGGCCGGUGUCGCCUCACAUGGUCACAGCGCCACCUGUGGCCAAUCCGUUUAUUACGUGGACUGGAAUUUUUUAAAAACCUGAGUCCGCCUGGCUCAGGUGCGGUUUUUUUUUCUCACCACCAGGUCGACUACCGACUGCCACUUUAAUGCGAGGGUGCCUUAAUAUGAGACGUGGGUCAUAUUGUGAAUUAGUUUUUUUUGGCCUCAUUCUUGUGAGAAUCCUGCGGGUCACUCGGUUAAUGUACCCAGGACUAGCUGCAGUGUGCUCAAACAACCACCAAGUAGCAUCUGUGAGCGGAUAAAACCGGACGUCUUCACAUAAAAGGAAACUCAAUCAUGAAUAACAAAUAAUCGUAUUAAUAUUAAUAAGUAUGGAUUUUACGCUACAUAUAAUUAGCCUUUUUGAUGACAUAUUUGUAUUCAUGCGACGGGAACAAAACAAUAUUAGCAUGUUGCUACGCAUGCUUGUUACUGUCACACUCCAAUACCGUUACGACGUUUACGCCAGUCCAGGGGUGUCCAAGGCACGGCCCGAAACUCAUUUUUAACGGUUAGCAUCUCAUGAUAGCACGCUAGCUGUUUUUGCUCAUUUUGAAGGUCAAAAAUAUUUUUACUCGACAAAAAAAUACCUGUUAAUGCUAAUGUUGGUUACGGUUAGCAUUCUCAUGAUAGCACGCUAGCUGUUUUUGCUCAUUUUUAAGGUCAAAAAUAUUUUUACUCGACAAAAAGAUACCUGCUAAUGCUAAUGUUGGUAACGGUUAGCAUUCUCAUGAUAGCACGCUAGCUGUUUUUGCUCAUUUUGAAAGGUCAAAAAUAUUUUUACUGGACAAAAAGAUACCUGUUAAUGCUAAUGUUGGUUACAGUUAGCAUUCUAAUGAUAGCACGCUAGCUGUUUUUGCUCAUUUUGAAGGUCAAAAAUAUUUUUACUGGACAAAAAGAUACCUGUUAAUGCUAAUGUUGGUUACGGUUAGCAUUCUCAUUAUAGCACGCUAGCUGUUUUUGCUCAUUUUGAAGGGUCAGAAAUAUUGUUACUCGAUAAAAAGAUACCUGCUAAUGCUAAUGUUGGUAACGGUUAGCAUUCUAAUGAUAGCACGCUAGCUGUUUUUGCUCAUUUUGAAGGUUAAAAAUAUUGUUACUGGACAAAAAGAUACCUGUUAAUGCUAAUGUUGGUAACGGUUAGCAUUGUCAUGACAGCACUCUCGCUGUUUUUGCUCAUUUUUAAGGUCAAAAAUAUUUUUACUCUACAAAAAGAUACCUGCUAAUGCUAAUGUUGGUAACGGUUAGCAUUCUCAUGAUAGCACGCUAGCUGUUUUUGCUUAUUUUGAAGGGUCAAAAAUAUUUUUACUCGACAAAAAGAUACCUGCUAAUGCUAAUGUUGGUAACGGUUAGCAUUCUCAUGAUAGCACGCUAGCUGUUUUUGCUCAUUUUGAAGGGUCAAAAAUAUUGUUACUCGACAAAAAGAUACCUGUUAAUGCUAAUGUUGGUUACGGUUAGCAUUCUCAUGAUAGCACGCUAGCUGUUUUUGCUCAUUUUGAAGGGUCAGAAAUAUUGUUACUCGACAAAAAGAUACCUGUUAAUGCUAAUGUUGGUAACGGUUAGCAUUCUCAUGAUAGCACGCUAGCUGUUUUUGCUAAUUUUGAUGGUCAAAAAUAUUUUUACUCGAUAAAAUGAUACCUGUUAAUGCUAAUGUUGGUAACGGUUAGCAUUCUCAUGAUAGCACGCUAGCUGUUUUUGCUCAUUUUGAAGGUCCAAAAUAUUGUUACCCGACAAAAAGAUACCUGUUAAUGGUAAUUUUGGUAACGGUUAGCAUUGUCAUGAUAUCACGCUAGCUGUUUUUGCUCAUUUUGAAGGUCAAAAAUAUUUUUACUGGACAAAAAGAUACCUGUUAAUGCUAAUGUUGAUAACGGUUAGCAUUCUAAUGAUAGCACGCUAGCUGUUUUUGCUCAUUUUGAAAGGUCAAAAAUAUUUUUACUGGACAAAAAGAUACCUGUUAAUACUAAUGUUGGUUACGGUUAGCAUUCUCAUGAUAGCACGCUAGCUGUUUUUGCUCAUUUUGAAGGGUCAAAAUAUUUUUACUCGACAAAAAGAUACCUGUUAAUGCUAAUGUUGGUAACGGUUAGCAUUGUCAUGAUAGCACGCUAGCUGUUUUUGCUCAUUUUGAAGGUCCAAAAUAUUGUUACUCGACAAAAAGAUGGCUGUUAAUGCUAACGUUGGUAUGCUAGCUAAUUUUGAUGCAUGCUAACAUUAGCUGGCUAAGUACACACCUCAGAGUAUUCUAUUAUGGUACUUGACGCAUGUUGCAGUUAGCAUGCUAUGCUACCUUUUUUUUUUUGUAGCUUUUUUAACAGGUAUAUACGGAGCCCCUAAAGGGACAUGUAUUAUUUAUUUUAUUUUAUUUUAUUUUUUUAGACAUGCGCACUAUCUCGUGCGCACGAGAUACAUGUCAAAAAAUUAAAAUAAAAUAAAAUAAAUUCUAAAAGAAUACAUUUCCCCCAUGUCCCUUUAGGGGCGCCGUAGGUAUACAACUCAGUGUCAUAUAUUUUAGUAUUUCACAAAUGCUAACUGUAAGCAUGCUAUUGUUAGCAUGUCAACAUAGUACUGUUAGCAUGAUAGCUUUUUUUUAAGCUCAGUUUGUUGAUUCUUGUGUUACUUGACGCGUGCUAACUGUUAGCGUUUCGGUUAAGCAUUCACACAAAAUUGGUACCGAAACUACUUUUUCUAGUUCUUUGACAAAAAAAAAAGUAUAUAUUGUACUAGUUUUGAAGGUGAAAACUACCAAAAUGGCCCCCGCACCCUUAUAUUUGUGGUUGUGUGGCCCUCGGUGGGACCCCUGCUGUCCUGGUUUGUCAUUCUUUAGUGCAUGGACUUCUCGUGUCGCCAUGGAAACGUGACAUGGUCCUCUCCGAUGGGUGCUCAGCGGGAAAGUACUGUACUGUACUGUACUGUACUGUACUGUACUUUGUCAGAUCAACAAUCCUCGCAACAUUUGGCAGAAAAGUUCUCCCAAAGACACUUUUUCUGCACUCAUACUUUGGAGUCGGGACGUUUAUAAAACAAUGUUGCUUAACCUAACACUAGCUCCUAUUUUUUGUUUUUUGUUUUUGUCUGCCUCAAAGUUCUUAGCACUUGUCAAUA